GGUAAAAUGAGGUGGGUUAAAGUGCGGCAAAGUACUAAAGGCCUCAUUCAGGUAAAGGGGCUAUGAUUUCUUUAAGAGUGAAGUUAAGUGGAGAAAAAAGGGUGUCAGCACUGCACAUCUUAGCCGUCAAUAAUUACUUUCAGAUAUUUAUGAAGAGCUUAAAAAUUAUUUUCCCCCGUUUCACGCUGAUAUUCAAAUGGCAAUGGCCACUAUGUGUCCAGCAUUGGCUAGGAUAAGUAACUCUCCUGGUGUCAGACAGCAAAUUAGGUGCCUAAAUCCGAAUUUGAAUGAAGCACGUGUCUGUGUAGACGGCUAGAUUCUGAGUUUCCUCGCUGUCAGAGAACUUCAUGGAGCGUACAGGUCAAUUUAUUUUCAUGUAUCUUGUCCAUCUUGCAAAUUUUAAGUGAAAUGGAGAUCACUUAAACACUAUUUUUACAGGACCUUUAUUUUUCAUUAUAUUCAAUGAAUGUAAACGGCAGAAAUUUCACCGUUGGGGAGGCUGGGAGAGGUUUAAAAAAAUAAAAAAAAGAAAGAAACUGACUCAAGGCUUUAUAGCUAGAGAGUGGCAGUGUUGGCUCACUUCUCUGAUCACGAUCCCACCUCUUCAAAAAAAAAGCUAUAGUACAAAUAAUAAUAAUUUUAAAAAAUAGUGGCAGUAGUGGCAAUUAACACAGCGUGCCAAGCACUGUUCUAACAUUUUUGUAUGUAUUAACUCAUUUAACCCGCAAAAAAAAAAAAAAAAAGAUUUUAACUAUUCCUUCGGUAAAGCAGCCCAAUGAGAAGCAGCACUUUUUUUUUCCUCCCCUCAGUUGAAUGACACCGCAACCCGAAAUCACAACUCCGUUUCAGGUUCCUGGUGGUGCCGGCUUCCUCUUCUCGUUUGUUUAGUCACAGAACUCGAUUCCUGUUGGCCGAUUCCGCGCCUACAAACAGGCUUAGCGCUCUAUUGAAAUGCGGGAGGCUCCUUAACUCCUGUGUAAACAGGUAAUGCGAAGGGGUGGGGCAGAGAUUGCGGAUUUCUGGAGGAUGGGGCUGCGCGGGGGGCUAGAACCGACUCCCCAGAGGACCGGGCCGAGGUUAAGGGAGGGCUUGGCUGCUGUUUUCAGAUGCCGUGUUCUUCUGUCCCCUUUCUAGAAACCAGCUGUAACUUUAGGUCAGAGCGUAUUAAAAUGAGCCACUUCUGAACCAGCAGCGCCCAGGCCCCAGGCCCUGCGGCGAAGGCCCCGGCAAAGGUCAGGGCUUGGUCCGCGUGACGCUCGUUCCCGUGCCCGUCCGAGCUGCUCUGCCCCAGAGUUCGGGUAACAACGGCAUCAGGACACCUUGUGUCGGGUCCCCUGGCAGUGAGCAGCCACUCCCGGGCUCGCCGAGGAGGUUUGGUAAGUCAUCUGACUCCGUCUUCCCUUCAAACAAGCAUCACCGAGCGUUGGAGAAAAGAUUUGUCUCAAGGGGCACUCCAAAAACUGAACUGAGAAAUCCCAAGAAAGCUGCCUGAAUCUUCCUGUGUAUUCUUAUUCUAUAUCGUGUAGAGGAUCAGAAAUCGAGUUGGUGGUUUUUGGUCUCCACCGGCCGUGGAUGCCUUUGACAUUAUGACCGCAGAGGAUUCCACCGCAGCCAUGAGCAGCGACUCCGCCGCCGGGUCCUCUGCCAAGGUGCCCGAGGGCGUGGCGGGCGCGCCCAACGAGGCGGCGCUGCUGGCGCUGCUGGCGCGCACGGGCUACAGCAUGGUGCAGGAGAACGGGCAGCGCAAAUACGGCGGCCCGCCGCCCGGCUGGGAAGGCCCGCACCCGCAGCGCGGCUGCGAGGUCUUCGUGGGCAAGAUCCCCCGCGAUGUCUACGAGGACGAGCUGGUGCCGGUGUUCGAGGCGGUGGGCCGCAUCUACGAGCUGCGCCUCAUGAUGGACUUUGACGGCAAGAACCGCGGCUACGCCUUCGUCAUGUACUGCCACAAGAACGAGGCCAAGCGCGCCGUGCGCGAGCUCAACAACUACGAGAUCCGCCCCGGGCGCCUGCUGGGCGUGUGCUGCAGCGUCGACAACUGCCGCCUCUUCAUCGGGGGCAUCCCCAAGAUGAAGAAGCGCGAGGAGAUCCUGGAGGAGAUCGCCAAGGUCACGGAGGGCGUGCUCGACGUGAUCGUCUACGCCAGCGCGGCCGACAAGAUGAAGAACCGCGGCUUCGCCUUCGUGGAGUACGAGAGCCACCGCGCCGCCGCCAUGGCGCGCCGCAAGCUCAUGCCCGGCCGCAUCCAGCUGUGGGGCCACCAGAUCGCCGUGGACUGGGCCGAGCCCGAGAUCGACGUGGACGAGGACGUGAUGGAGACCGUGAAGAUCCUCUACGUGCGCAACCUCAUGAUCGAGACCACCGAGGACACCAUCAAGAAGAGCUUCGGCCAGUUCAACCCGGGCUGCGUGGAGCGCGUCAAGAAGAUCCGCGACUACGCCUUCGUGCACUUCGCCAGCCGCGAGGACGCCGUGCACGCCAUGAACAACCUCAACGGCACCGAGCUGGAGGGCUCGUGCCUGGAGGUGACGCUGGCCAAGCCCGUGGACAAGGAGCAGUACUCCCGCUACCAGAAGGCGGCCAAGGGCGGCGGCGCCGCGGAGGCCGCGGUGGUGCAGCCGCCCAGCUACGUGUACUCCUGCGACCCCUACACGCUCGCCUACUACGGCUACCCCUACAACGCGCUCAUCGGGCCCAACAGGGACUACUUCAUGAAAGCAGGCAGCAUAAGAGGCCGGGGUCGAGGCGCAGCUGGCAACAGAGCCCCGGGUCCCAGGGGUUCCUACCUUGGGGGAUAUUCUGCUGGCCGUGGUAUAUAUAGCCGAUAUCAUGAAGGAAAAGGAAAACCGCAAGAAAAAGGAUUUGAACUUGUGCCGAAUUUGGAAAUCUCUGCCGUCAAUCCAGUUGCCAUUAAGCCUGGUACAGUGGCCAUCCCUGCCAUCGGCGCCCAGUAUUCCAUGUUUCAGGCAGCUCCGGCCCCUAAAAUGAUUGAGGAUGGGAAGAUCCACACCAUGGAGCACAUGAUCAGCCCCAUCGCCGUGCAGCCCGACCCAGCCAGCGCUGCUGCGGCCGCCGCAGCCGCCGCGGCCGUCAUCCCUGCCGUGUCCACCCCACCGCCUUUCCAGGGUCGCCCAAUAACUCCAGUGUACACGGUGGCUCCGAAUGUUCAGAGAAUCCCCGCUGCCGGGAUCUACGGAGCCAGCUACGUGCCGUUUGCUGCUCCCGCCACGGCCACGAUCGCCACACUACAGAAGAACGCAGCUGCUGCCGCUGCCGUGUACGGCGGAUACGCAGGCUACAUACCUCAGGCCUUCCCCGCCGCGGCCAUCCAGGUGCCCAUCCACGACGUGUACCAGACCUACUGAGGCCUGCUGCCGCCGCCGAAGGAACGCUUUACUAUUUAUGAAGAAGGAGCGUGUUGGGUUAGCACACACAAAACCUGCACGCGAAGAAUGUUAUCAGAUACCAUACUGGAAUAUUUUAUAUUACAUGAAGUUUUCACUAGUUUUUUAAGACUGUUUUCAAUUUAGCAGACCUGUGUUCAUACAUUUCUAAGAGACUUGGAAUGGUUUGUGCCUUAAACACCAUCUCUUAAAAAUUUGUACCGAUAGUACAUUUGUAUAGAGGUUUUUGUUUUUGUAUUUUUAAGGAUAUAUUUUCAGUUAUGAAGGUUAUUUUCUUAACUUCUGCACUCCAGAGAGUUCUAUUUUGUAGUACCUUCAAUAAUAUAUCAAGUAUAUAUUAAAAAAAAGCACACUUGAGCAGCUAGGGAACUAUUUUGAAAAAUAUAUUCAAUAUUUAAAGAUACAAACAAUAGUGCUUUAAAAAUACUACAGAAAACAUUAUUUUAAAAGUUAUACUGGAAAGUGCAAUUAUAAAAUGAGUGAAACCUCUAUUUCUGCUGGAAUUAAGGGUUGACGGGUGUUAACCACGUGUUACUCAUGAUGGUUCUGUUCUUUAAACGCUCGACCUCUCCUUAAGCCAAUAUUGAAAAGACUUGUCACACUUCUGAGUCCGAACACUGGAAGGCGCGGUCACCUGCUGCCAUCGUCCUGGGCCCCUUCUCAUUGUCCAUGUGCCUUUGCUCUUAGAUAUGUCCCCUCCGCCACCCACCGCUACCCUCCACUCACCCACCCCCCCGCCCCACCCCACCUUCAUAUUUGGCAAGUCAAGGACAAAUUAAUUACUCUGACAGAGAACAUUGAUGGCUUUUAUACUUCUUUUUGUUAGGGUUUUUUGUUUUGUAUGGGUUUUUGUUUUGGGGGGAUUGUGGUUUGUUUGGGGAGCUAUUUUCAAUAGCAGAGUAUGUGUAAGCACAAGAUUUUAAUAGUUUGCAUAAGGCAUCUUUGCAUAGCUAUUUAAUUGUCCAAUAUGAAACCUUCACUCCUUUCUUAAUGCUUUUAUUAUAUAUUUGUUUUGAAGUCUAAGUUUGUAGAGACAGAGAAUGUUAUUAUAGACAAGACCCCAAAGGCUCUUGUUAGCAGACGGUUAUGCUUCUAGUUGCCUUAUCAUGUUUCAUGCACAAUGUCUGGUUGUCAGGGGUGUUGGAAAUAUUAUGUUUAUUGAACAGGGCCUCCCUCUGUUGUUGGCGUGCAUGUGGCAAGUGAACUGAAUUGGGGCGUGCACAGCCAGGAGGAGGAGGAGAGACCUAUAGGAGUAAAAGUUUGUAAAUAUCUCCUAAUGCUCAUUUUUAGUUGUUUUAUGUUGCAGAAUUUCAUGGUAUAUAGUUGAAUGCAAAAACGAAACCAUUUUAUUUCAAUGUUAUUAAACAGUUCUGUUUUAUUAGGAAGUAAAUGUAUUGUUGCAGUGUUUUGUGCCUGUUUAAAGGCUUUUGUUUAGCAGAGUGAAUGUAAAAUACAGUAAAAUGUUAAGAUUGUCAUCUACUUUAUGAAAUACAUCAACUUGGAAUUUUUUUUUUUUAAGGUUCUAACAAGGAAGUGAGGUGUGCAAUAGAUGGCAAGGACAUAGUUGUGUUUUUACGUCAUAUUAGAGAUUCCAUCAAAUGUUCCCACUCACUGAAUUUUGCUGAUGGCUGAAUUCUUAUUGUGGAUUAAUAAUAGGAUCAUGCCCUUAGCAGAUGUUUUAGUUCUGUUUUACAUUUUAAAUUAAGAGAUUCCCAGAUGCUCUCUUUUCCCUCAUCUUAGGGUGGGAUGAAUUUUUUAUAUAUAAGCAAUAUUUAUUUAACUAUUCUAUAAGAUUAUUGCGUGCCUGCAAAGGCCUUUAAACAUUCCUAGCCUUCCUUUCCAUCAUUGUUAAAUGACAGAAAGUAAUUGUGCAAUGUAUCUGAUGAUGUACCCAGCGAGCUGCAUCCAAACUUAAGUCCGUUGUAAUGAGUAACCCAACAAAACGCAGUUUGCGUUCAGUUCCCAUCCCUUGACUUUGUAUGAAAGAAGUGCUCUCUUACUAUCCUUCCAGUGGGGGGUUAAUUAGCACAGAGGUUCACUGGAUGAGACUGAUCCAGAGGUCUUACUGUAUUUUACAUGUGCCUGUAAAUUAUUUGCAAAAAAGGAAAAAAAAAAAAAGGAAAAAAUGGUGUCUUAACAUGGCAACUACCAAACUACCUUAAAAAUAAAUGUUGGUGACAUAGCCAGUUAAGUAUCAGUGAGCCUCCUACCUACCUGUGGUCUGUCUGUUCCUGUUGUUUCAAAACCAUUUCACAUAUGUACACUACUGAGGUAAGUUUGUAACUUGAAAUGUGAACUUUUUUUUAGGGUUAAGAACAAACUAUAAAAAUUUAAAAAAAAAAAAAAAAGCUUUCGAGUUCUCUGUUUUCAAACAUGCUGGCAGUUUAGUUGUUAUCUUUAGUUGCUUUGUAUUUGAAAAGCUUUUAAGUUUAUUUAGAUCUUGCUUCAUUUACAAUACAUUCUUAGGAUGUAUGCAGUAAAUAAAACUUUCUUUAAAGCAAUUUCAAUACCU